AUUGAAUAUUAAUGAAUUGCGUGGCUUUACUGCAGGUGAAACGGCGAGAUUUCCGUCGUAAUCGCCCGCACACGUUUGGUUACGGCUGGCAAAUCCAGCUACUCUGUUCAAUUUCUUGUCGGAGUUGACAAUUCCGACCGUCGACAGACGCCUAUGAAGCUUCAAACUUGAAAUACUGAGAAAUUACUCUUUACAUUCAUUUUAAAUAAUGUAUGCAGUAAGAUAUUUACAGCCAUUUGGGACUUCUCUGGCCUCUAUUACCUCUCCUUACUUCCAUCUCUCUCGUUCCACAAUCCCAUUUGAUGGAAAAUUUGCACCUUUGAAGACCUUCAUGAGAUGCCUAAAGCCUCAGGUGUACAGUCGGGUGUUAAAGUUCGCUGGGGGAUCUAAUUUUGAGACAUUCCACCAUUACUUUAGAAAAAUGCAAAAUUCAGGGCGCAGUUACACUUUACGGAGUGCAUUUGGUUUGUCGGCUUUGCUUGGAUCUAUUAAGCUUUCUCCUCGCAUUGCAUAUUCUUCUGAUGGUCUUGAUGGUCUAUUGGAUGACCAUCAUUUGGGCUUGUUCGGUGAUUCAGAUACUGAAGAAGAUCGUCGAUCUCUCUUAAUGACCUUAAGGAAGCUGUUGGUUCCUCUCUUGUUUGUGAUUACUGUGUUGAUGAACUGGGGCCAUCCAAUAAUUAUUGCAACUAAAGUCACUAUUAUUCUUCUUACGACAAAGCCAAGCCCUUUAUCAGUUUAUGUCCUUGUCGAACAGUUGCGACAUCAAGCAGUUCGCCGACAACCAUUCAUCUAUAAGUUCAAGUCAUUAUAUGCAAAGAAAGUUGAAGUUGCAGAUUAUCUGUUUCUCUCUCUGGCUAAGGUCGAACUAAAAGAUCAGGAGUUUACUCUUGUUGGAAUUCUGGGGAGUUGGUGGCUUUUGCCCCUGUCUUCAUGGCAAGAGGCGUCAUCUAUGCUUAAGAGCAAAAUUUUGAUGAAUUUAAGCUAAGGUCAGCUGCUAAUUAGAUCAGAUUGACUUAAAUUUAUCUUUGUUGUAGGUAAUUAUAUUUUCUCUGUAGAUCCGAUAGAAAACAUGGAAGGCAAUCUAUGUUCAUACUUGGAGUGCACUGUGCACCAGAAUUAGAUGAUUUGUUCGUGAUUUUUGCUUUUGAAUUAUACUUCUCUUUAAUUGAUGGAGCAAUAAAUUUUUCAAUCAUGUGCCUUACCUCA